AGUUGAAGCUGUGGGGAAUCCGUUGUGUCGUCAGAGCAAAAUUUGCCACGUCCGACGAUUCGGUUUUCUCGCGCUCUCUCUGUCCGAGUUUUAAGUUCGACUUUACCGUUCAGCAGCACCCGAAUCAAUCUCAGUAGUCGUCGGAACGUGAAAACGUGGCGUGAAAAUUAUUCCUGACCAGGGUAGCGGAAGCGGAAACUCGUAGAAAGAAAUUCCAGUAACAUGCGAAUUCUAGCAUCGUUCGGUUUGGUCCUGUUUGUGGCCGGCCUAGCCCUGGUCGCAUCGGAUGACGAUGUGAAGGUGGAGGAUGAAGUGCUGGUUCUGACCAAGGAUAACUUCCAGAAAGUGAUCGAAGGCAACGAGUUCGUCCUGGUGGAAUUCUAUGCUCCAUGGUGCGGACACUGCAAAGCUCUGGCCCCCGAGUACGCCAAGGCCGCUAAGGCUCUGGCCGAAAAGAAAUCCAACAUCAAGCUCGGCAAGGUUGAUGCCACCGAGGAACAGGAACUGGCCGAGAAGCACGGAGUCCGUGGUUACCCGACCCUGAAGUUCUUCCGCAGCGGUACCCCCAUCGAGUACACCGGUGGUCGCGAAAAGGAUACCAUCAUCUCGUGGUUGGAGAAGAAGACCGGACCAGCUGCCAAGGAACUCGAAACCGUCGAAGCCGCCGAAGAAUUAUUGAAGGAAAACAACGUUGCCGUGGUCGGUUUCUUCAAGAACCGUGACUCUGAUGAGGCUAAGGCUUUCCUGUCCACUGCCAACGCUGUUGACGAUUAUCCAUUCGGUAUCACCUCCAGUGAAGAAGUCUAUGCCAAAUACGAAGCCAAGUGCGGCUCGAUCGUUCUGUUCAAGCACUUCGAUGAUGGCAAGGCCGUAUUCGAAGGUGAAGUGAAGGAAGAUGCUCUGAAGAAAUUCGUUGCUGCUCAAGCUCUGCCACUGAUUGUUGACUUCAGCCAUGAAACCGCUCAAAAGAUCUUCGGAGGUGAAAUCAAGAACCAUUUGCUGUUCUUCAUUAGCAAGGAAGCUGGUCACUUUGAAAAGUACAUCGACCCCGCUAAGGAAAUUGCCAAGAAAUACCGCGAAAAGAUUCUGUUCGUCACCAUCGAUGCCGACCAGGAGGAUCACCAGCGUAUUCUGGAAUUCUUCGGAAUGAAGAAGGAAGAUGUCCCAUCGAUGCGUAUCAUCCAUCUGGAAGAAGAUAUGGCCAAGUACAAGCCCGAAACCAACGAUCUGGCUGCCGACAAAAUUGAUACCUUCGUGUCGAGCUUCCUGGAAGGCAAAGUCAAGCAACAUCUGUUGUCUCAGGAUCUGCCAGAAGAUUGGGACAAACACCCUGUCAAGACCCUGGUUGCCAACAAAUUCGACGAAGUCGCUUUGGAUCCCACCAAGGAUGUUCUGGUUGAAUUCUAUGCCCCAUGGUGUGGACACUGCAAGCAACUGGCUCCAAUCUACGACAAACUGGGUGAGAAGUAUGCCAACCACGAGAGCAUCGUGAUCGCCAAGAUGGACUCCACUGCCAACGAAUUGGAACACACCAAGAUCAACUCCUUCCCCACCAUCUAUCUGUACCGAAAGGGAGACAACCAAAAGGUCGAAUUCCGAGGGGAACGCACCCUGGAAGGAAUGGUCGAUUUCUUGGAGGGCAAGGAUGCUGAGAAGCCCGAAGUCGAAGAGGAAGAGGAUGAAGAAAAGCAUGGCAAGGAUGAAUUGUAAAUGGGUAAAAAAUCAACCGUUCGUACUUUAAAACAAUAGUAAGCACACAAUCAGGAUAGAAAUGUUAUCGGAACACAAAAAUAGAAACCCCAUGUUAUUUACUAAACAUUCUCGAUUCAGAAAAACGAUAAAAACAUGCAUUUAAAUCAAAAGAUCAUAACAAAAAAAACUUUUCUCAAAAAAUGCAUGCUUCAGAUAGCCAAACUAAUUUUCACAACCCGUCAUUUAGUAGAAACGGAAACUCGUAUCAUCCCGGCCCGGAGUGUUGUAAAAUAGUUCGCGGAAUAAUUUUCUUCCACACCUCCACCAACACCCAUCCCGAUGGCCUCAAUCCUGAAGGGGAGGCUCGCACACAGAAAAGGGAUCUAAACACACAGACACACAAACACACUGAAAAUUGUGAGAGAAAAAAACAAGAAGUUUAAAUUAGAUUUGCAAGAGACUGUAUUUUUAAAUUAAAUAAAAUGUGUUGAUUCAUCGACGGAAGGGCUUACUUAUAGAAAACGUUUUCAGUUGAAAUAAGCAGGAGCAGCAGCAGUGAAGCAGGUCUAUGUUGGCGCGUGAAAGGCAGAAGCUCGGACACGUUAAUCUUCCCAUUAUUGUGAUGAGAUGAAGUCGACGACGGAUGGCAAAGAACUUUAUCUAUACAUAGUCACCCGGUUUUGAGAUAUGAAUUAAAAACGAUGAGAAGAGCAGGGGGCAGUAUGAAGAAGAUUAAUUUAAAACGAGAUGCAUUUUCAAAUGUUAUAUUAACAUUAUAAAAUAAAAGAUGGCGAAAAGAUUAA